AAAUCGAAUAUUCUUCAUUUGGUUAUUAUUGGCUGCAGAUUCGAAUCAUGCCGUAUCCGUAUAUUUUUGGGUCUUUACAAAAUUGAAUGAUCCUAUGAAUGCAUGCAACGAGCACUGUCACCAACAAAUUAUUUUGAAGCUCCUCAGUUCUAAUUUAAGAAGGUUAUAGUGGCAAGAACCGCAUAGCCUGGGUGUUGGCAUAUAUAUACCUCCCUCGUUCUGACAACAAAGUGAACGGGAGAACUUUUAGCAUGCUACAAGGACUGCUUCAAAACUUGGAAGUACCCUGACUCUUUGUGAUAGCACAGUAUGAAGCUGGAAGACUUCUUUACCUUGACUGAGAUGAAGGAUGGGCUCACUGCUCUUGCUAGGGUUGAAGAGCUGGUCUCCAUAAUGCAGCAGGAGAAAGAUACUGUUGUCAAGAAUGUCGUGGAGGCAGCGAGACAGUGGUCCACUGUUGCAAGUACCUUAGCAGCAACAGAGAGUAAGGACUGUCUUGAUCUCUUCGUUCGGCUAGAUGGACUUUGCUUCCUUGGCCGCUGGCUUCAAGAGGUGAAAAAGUGUAGUGAUGACAUCAGUGAUAGUUUUGCAGAAGAGUCGAUCACUGCACUUUUAGCAGCACUUGAGAAGCUUCCCAUUGAUGAGGAUACAUUAAUUUCUUCAGGCAUCAAUGUGAUUAUGAAGGAUCUUUUUGGUCACAAGAGCAGUAGGGUUCAAGAUAGGGCAAGAACUUUAUUUGAUGGUUGGAACCAGGUAAGGGAUGAGGAUGCAGAUCACCAAGACAUUGAGAAAGGUGGGGCAUGCCUGGAGGAUGAGGUUACAGCUAGUGCAAAAGGUGCUGCAGAGAGUGGACGCCCAGAACAGUCAAAUGGCAGUGUUUUCCCAUCGAUGGGAGGUGCUGAUGAGGAUAGGCAUUUAGUAGAGCCAUCUGGGGGUGAAUUUCAGCCUCCACAAAGCUCAGAUGGCUCUCAUUCUCGUAGUGCUGAAGGUGUAAAGUUUCAUAUGCCUACUAAUCAGCAUACCUCUCGUAUACCUUCAGGCCAGACAGAUGAGGAUGGAUGUCAAGGAUGUCCUCUGGAAAGCCAAUCUAUUAUGGAAGAAUCCUUUUCACAUCCUGCAGAAAGUGCAACCUCCACUGGGACAUGCAGUUCUCCGGUUCUGCUGAAAGUUAAUGCUGAGGGUAAGUCCUUGGAUAUUCCAGAGCUGAAAGAAGCCCCCGAGGAUGCGAAAGAAACAGAUGGAGUGAAAGAUAUCCAAGAUAAGCCUGGUAGAGAGGAAACAUCUGCUGUUUCUACCCCAUUGGAGUCCAACUCUAUCUCCUUGACUGUUAAUGAUAUGCCGUCUGUGAUGGAAACUGCUGCUGAAGAAACACUGGUUUCUGAGGUGAAGGGUGUGUCUGUUGAUGAUGAGUUGCUAAGACCUUCCAGAAGCACAGGGGAAUUCAAGACUACAGGUCAAGGUGAUGAAGGUCUUUCUAAUGACUUGCAGGACUUAACUAGUGAUGGGCAUAACUUAAGAAGCACAAAAAACCUGGAGACUUCCUUUUGCAGGACUGAAGAUGUUGGAGCAGGAUCUAUUAAAGAUCUUGCUGGUGAGUCGAGUUCAACGGUAUGCAGAAGAGAGGAAUUGGCAAUCGCUGCUGAUGUCCCCAAACUGAAGAUGGAUUUGAAAGCCUCAGACAAGUUUGAAGAGAGAAAAUUAGAAAUGGAACUUGAGUAUGGAGUGGAUGAUGCCCUGGAAGUGGCUCGGCAAGUUGCUAAAGAAGUAGAGAGAGAGGUAGUGGAUAACAGAGAACCAUUCUGCAGCUCUUCUUCUGAGAAAAAUUCUGAAGGAGUGGUUCAGCCUGGUAGCCCUGAUUCUAUAAAUGAUGAGAAGGACCAACUCAUGACAGGUCCACUACAUGAUUUGCCAACCGGACAAAAUCUUUCUUGUGGGGCCUCUUCUCCAAGGGGAGAGGAGCAUUUAAGGAGCUCGCAGGAUGUAGAUUCAAAACCAGAAAACUGUAUGCAAGACCUGGAAUCCUCCCAAUUGACUGAAGCCGCUCAAGAACUAGCAGGUAACAGUGAAAGGGAACCAUGUGGUUUUGAUCUUAACGAGGAAGUCUACUCAGAGGAAAUGGCAAGCCCAUCAACUCCCAGUUCUGUCCCCAUCACUGUUGCCACAACAAAAGCAACAGCUUCUGGAAUUCCUGUGGCUCCUUUGCACUUUGAGGGGAAUCUGGGAUGGAAGGGCUCUGCUGUUACCAGUGCUUUCCGUCCACCAGCUCCUCGCAAGACUCCAGACGGUGAGAAGGCUCUCUCGGUUGAGGGGAGCAACCACAGUUCCAAAUGCAGGCAAGAUGUCCUUGAUUUUGAUCUGAAUGUGGCUGGGGCUGAUGAUGAUGGUGUCACUGAUCUGGCUUUGACAAAACAAAUCCCAGAGUCAUCAAGUCUCCCUUCUGGGGAAUCUUCUGUUGAGGUGAGUUCAAGAAGGGGAGAGAGGCUUAUGUUGGACCUUAAUCGUUCUGGUGACAAUGAAGAUGCUCCUUUGUCUGAUUCAAGGACAGAAGGCCAGUUCCUUUAUCACCACAGAAAUGGGCAUCGAAGCCCUUCCCCAGCCUCCUCGUCAUCAUCAAGGCAGCCUCCAGUGAGAAACAUCGAUUUGAAUGACAGCCCGUCUUUCUUCGAUGAUACUUAUGGCCAGCAGCAUAGGCUUGUUAUAUCACCUUCCCAAGACAUGAAUGCACAUGGAGGGUUUAAGGUGGAUGAUCAUUUCAUUUCAAUCAUGGGAAAGAAAGUGGAGGUCAACCGAAAGGAUUGUGCACCUCAAACUCGUUCCUUCAUACCAAAUGGGCAGGUCAGUGAAUCCUUGGAGGCUGGCAUGGCAAGAUCUGGACGUGGUGUGGUAGCACCCUCAGCAAUGGUUCAAACAGCUUUGCCUUCUCGGUUGUUUGGGUACAGCAGCCUGACAGCAGGGUCCUCUACGUCUGUCACCCCAGCAGUGUAUGGGUCUAGCCCUUACAUGGUAGAUUCUAGAGGUGCUCCUGUUUUGCUGCAGAUAAUGGGAUCCCCAACAGCUGAUCCACCUCCCUAUUCCCGAGCAUCUUUCUUUACAAGCAUGACGGGAAUGCAAACAGGUUUGAAUGGGGUUGGGCCUUCACAAUCUGGCUUUGAUCUCAAUGCGGGCGUAAUGAUGGUUGACAACAGCGUGAACAGGGAAGCCGGGGGUCUCAGGCCGCUAUUUAUUCAGGGCCAGGGUGGAUCUGUGGAGGAGCAGAUGAGGUCUGCCUCCCUGCCUCUGAAUUCAAUGGUGGGGGUCAGGCGAAGAGAACCAGACGGUGGGUGGGAAUCGUAUCCGGUUGCUUAUAAACGGCAGUGGAAUUAGAAAGUUUUGUUUUGUUUACCCAAGGCUGGUUUCUCCUUUGGGAGGAGCUCCCUUUUAGAAAAGGAUAACAGAAAAGGUGCUUACAUUACCAGAGAUGCUCCAGAAGAUAGAUGAGCCCAUUGGCUUAUGUGGGAGGGACAUGGAUUAAACUGAAUAAGGCUGGAGGAUGGAUGGAUUGCCAGAGAAGAGAUAGGGAGAGGGUUUCAGAGUAGGCUUGAUUGUUCAUCUCUCAAUUUUUUUUUCUUGUUUAAUUUUCAGGUUUUCAUAGAAGGCUAUUACAACCAGAAAAGGGAAAGAAAGAAUAGCUGGGUCACCAUGUUUCUCUGUAGAUCUCUCUUCCUAUCUCUCUAUCUCAUAAAUAUCAACAGGAAAAAUGAAAGAAUUGGGUAUCAUUUACUCGGGCUUUACUGUUUAUGCCAUGUGUAUGUAACUCUCCUAAGGCCAACUCAUUGUACAGACUCUAACAUUCUUCAUUCAUGGGAAAUAUGGAAGGUUCUAGGCGUUCAACCUG